AGCCGCGUCAGUCUUGUCAACCAGUUGUUGGUCGAACUGGACGGGAUCGAUAAACAUCGUUCCGGUCGCGUGUUUGUGGUGGGUGCGACCAAUCGAAAAGACAUGAUUGAUCCGGCUGUAUUGCGACCAGGCCGCCUCGGAUUGCAUCUGAUGGUCAAUCCACCAACCAGUCCAUCAGAUCGUACCUCGGUGUUGGUCGCGUGUACCAAGGCUGCCACAGCUCCUCCUGUGGAAGGAGGUAUGCAAGUGUUGUGCGAUUUGGCCGCUGACCCGCGCACGGAUGGAAUGAGGUUGGUUACAUUCUCAAAUCGAUUAUGUUGCAGUCAAACAGACUGGUUGUGUUUGGACUUGAGCACGGCACUGUUCUACAGUUCCGGGAAAUGGAAUGGUCCGUAA